AACUGCACAUUAAGUUUGAUGCUGUCACAUACAAUUAUUCCUUUGUUAGAAUGUGUACUUCACUUUCUGUUACAUGUUAGUUCAUUUCUGUGGUUCUUGCAACGACUGCUCUUACUAUAACAAAUUAGACUUACAGUUCUGAAAUAUGUGUGUGUGUUGUGUGUAUAUAUAUAUAUAUAUAUACAAGGUGUAUCAAUAAGAAUAAUCCGAUUGGCACGUCUAUAUUUCUGAAACUAAUAAACAUAUACAAUUAAUUUUUUUUUUUGCUGAAAGAGACACUCAAAAAGUUUUUUUUCAAAGGUGUUCCAUAUGCCCCCCUUUAGAUGCACUGCAUAUGUCAAGGCGGUAUUCAAAUUGGUCCCACACUGCAGCGAGCAUGUCUUGCGUUACUGCUUCCACGGCUGCUGUUAUGCGAUGUCUCAGUUCAUUCAUUGUAGUUGGUAACGGAGGCACAUAACCAGAGUCUUUUAUAAAUCCUCACAAGAAAAAAUCACAUACAGUGGUGACCUUGGAGGCCAGUAAUGUAAGGCUGCAUCAUUUGGUCCAGUGCGACCCAUCCAUCUUCCAGAAAUCCUUUAAUUUAAAAAUUCCCGCACUUCCAGAUGCCAGUGUGGCGGUGCCCCUUCCUGUUGGCAAAUGAAGUCAUUCGAACCAGUCUCCAACUGUGGGAAAAGAUAGUUCUCAAGCAUAUCGAGAUAUGUUAUUCCUGUGACAGUGUUCUCAGAAAAAAAAUGGACAGUACCCUUUUUCCGUGAAACCGCAAAAAACACAUUAAAUUUUAGAGAGUCCCUCUCAUGAUGUACAAUUUCAUGUGGUUGUUCUGUACCCCAUAUUCUCACGUUAUGGCGGUUCACCUUUUCAUUUAAAUGGAAUGUUGCCUCGUCACUGAACACUAAGUGUGGAACAAAACUGUCAUAAUCCUCCAUCUUGUCAAGAACGAACUUACAUAACUCCACACGUUGUUCUUUGUCACCUCCACAAAGAGUUUGCAGUAGCUGAAUUUUGUAAGGUUUCAUGUGUAAACGUCGACUCAACACACGCCACACAGACAUCGAGGGCAUGUUGAGUUGUCGAGCUGCACUGCGAUCAGAUUUCUUCGGACUGCGUGUGAAACAAUGGCGGAUGCGCUCCAUGUCUGCGUCGGGCACUCGGGGACGGCCCAGCGAUUUGCCUUUACACAAACAACCUGUUUCUCGGAAUUGCUCAUGCCAUCGUCUAAUGCUCUGUGCUGUAGGAGGAUCAGCACCAUACCUAGUACAAAAGUCACGUUGAACUGUUAUUACUGACUUGCAAUGCGCAAAACGUAGAACACAAAACGCUUUCUGUUGUCCAGACGCCAUGUUUACUAGAACUGAAGUGAGCGCUGCUACCUAGCGGGAACCAUGUAAAACUCGAAAGUUUUCUCUUUCCAACAGAACGUGGUUCACGCACACCUAUAAAAAAACUUUUUGAGUUUCUCUUUCAGCAAAAAAAAAAUUAAUUGUAUAUGUUUAUUAGUUUCAGAAAUAUAGACGUGCCAAAUCGGAUGAUUCUUAUUGAUACAUCCUGUAUAUUUAAUUAUUGACAUUGUCAACACAAUAGAGGGAUAUCACGUAUUGGCAAAGGAAUUGAAUUGGCAUGGCCCGGAAAAUAAUAGACAUACAACUAUUUUUUAUGUGUUUUUGGGCUGUACCAGUAUUUUAACUAGUAUCCUCCCAAAUGUGUCAAAGGUCAUACUAUUAUGUGAUCUCAGUGGGUCUUAUAUCUUAAUUGAUAAAAUGGCUUGGGUCUAAAGGUGCAAGUACAUCAGUACUUGUACAAGUACAUAAUGGGAAUUCAGUGACAAGAUAAUUCAUCUGCGACCAGGUCCGUAACCAAGACUUACGACUCAGUUUCAACUGCCACAUUGAAUUUUCGGUCUUUCGCUAAUUUCAGAUUUAAAUGAAAAUUAAAUUAUACAAGCAAAUUGGUAUGUGUUACCCUGCUGUGUAAACACACAAAAACUAACUUCUAGCAAGUGACAAUGGCACUUUAUCAAGAAAAAAAUGUUAUUAAUGAAUAAUUAUUCAUUAUCCUGACUUUUAAAAACAGCACAUAUCAAGUAGCUUAUACCUAGCAUCAAAAUUUGCUAAAGAGCACCAAAAUUCACUGUUUGUUUGCUUGCCAAGUGAAACAUUCAAAGGUAUUGUCCUAAAUAUCUUGAAAAUGCAAUUAUCCAACAUAACCAGGUGAAGCCUUAAGGCUUGGUGUUACCUGGAAAGUUGAUGAUUUAAUUUUUGUGGCAUUCAUUUUCUCUGAAAGUUAUUUCUAUAAAUUUUAAUACAAUACUUCUCUUGCAUUUGUUAUUUUGUUACAUAGAUGUUCAACAGAUAUUCACCAAGUUAAACAUAAAGGGUGUAAAAUGUUGAACAAUUGUUUGUAAUUGUUAUCACUUGCCUGACUUUUUACAUCCUUUAUAUUGCACUUAGUAAACAUGUGGUGAAAAUAGUUGUGAUAAAAAAAAUUCUUAGUAAUAGUAAUGAUGAGGAAAUUGAAAAUAAUCAUAAUUACACAAGAGACAGACCCUUAAGGCAUGUGUAGAGUUCAGAGAUGAUAUAAAUAUUUAAAAUUGUGUUAAGGUUUAUUGAAAAAGUUUCUGAACCGGCUAGGGUAGUGCAUAAUGUUGGCAGCAUAGGCACUGUGAUUGUAACAUGUGUGAGGGCUGCACAAUAAUUCUUCUUUAAUUGUACAGCAUUCAGAACAAGCUGAAGUAGUGCUGUGCUUUUGACAGCAUCUGAAAUGUAAUUUCAAACAUAAUGUGUCAGUGAUGCACAACAACUCCUUGAACGAAUUUUGGGUUGAGCUUGGUUGUACUGUGCUGUUGACAGUGUCGGAAAUGUGGUUUUACAACGUUUGAAAGAUGCACAAUUCUUCUUCUUAACUGUACUAGUUUCAGGAUGAGUGUGGGUAGUGCCGUGCAGUUGGCAGCAUUGGCAAUGUUUUUUUAAACAUGUAAUAGCAAGAGUUCCUGACAAUCGUAAUAUUUAUGUCAUACUAAAUAUGAAAGGGGUACAUCAUCUUCUUUUGCAUGUAUGUUUUGACACUUUCUGCAAUAAAUUUUAACAGGAACCUUUUCUUUAGCGUCUUUUUUAUUUUACUGAGUCUUUUCUUCAACUUCACUUUUAGUGAGGGUAGGAGAAAUGUUUUCACCAAACAGAAAGUAAUCAGCUUGAAUAUCCUUUCAUUAACCACAUCACAACCUAACUUUUCUUAUAAUACCUCUUAUUGCAAGCUCUUUCGCAUAUCCAGACACAAUAAAAUUCUGUCUAAGAUGGUCAUCAGUUAUUUGUACAUACUUACGAGUUACAAUGUUAGCUAACUGCUUUUUGGAGAUGAAGUUUUAGAAUCUUGCAUGAAGAAGGUUUAAUAACAUUUCAGUCAUGCACAAUAAUUCCUGCUUGACAAUUUUAGUUUCUGGACCUAUUGGGGUAGAGCCUUAUGUUGGUAGUCAUCACAAUGUGAUUUUAAGCAUGUGUGAAGGAUGCACAAUGAUUCUCCCUUGACUGUACUAGUUUCUGGUCCUGCCUGGUUGGGUGGGGGGGGGGGGGGGGGGGGGGAGAUAAAUUAAAAUAGAACUUCACUGCCAAAUUAGCAGUCCGUGAUUGGGCUCAUGCAGUCAGAAGUUUUCUCCCCUCUCCGGUCGACAUACAAGUUUCUACAUAAAAUGAUUUCUUCUGGACUUUAAUCUACCGAAACCUCCGGUGCCAGGACCGCCAUUUUUCAGGACACAGGAUUUAGUUCAGGGUUCCCACGCUCCUUGAAAGUCCUUGAAAAGUGCUUGAAAUAUUUUGAAGUAAUUAAGGGCCCUUAGAAGUGCUUGAAAAAACUUUUAGGUGCUUGAAAGUGCUUGAUAAAGUUUACACUGUAAGUUAUAAUUACGUUGUACAUAUUUAUUUAGGACAAGUUUUUAGUGUGGCACCGUAAUUUAAUUCUACGAUAACUUAUUUAUGGUAUGUUCAAAUAGUUGUCAUUUUUACAUUGAAUAAUGCCUCGUUUUUCGACGGCAUACGAUAAGAUAUCUUCUAUGCACUAUUUUUAUCGGCAGUUAUGGUGUCAUCAGUGUUUUUGUUCUGACAAAUGACGAUCACUUUCAUUUGCUUUGUGUCCAGAUUGUAGAGCAUUACUCUAUGAUUGUCCGUUGCUGCAGCCAUGUUGGAAUUUGCAGUUUGUUGACUUCGUUCUCGUAAAAAUGCCGGGAGGGAAGUGUGUUUUUAGUGAUGCGUGGCUCGCAAACGAUAUUUAUUCAUUAUGGUUAGUGAAAGUGCCUGAAAAAAAUAAAGCAAGAUGUUCGUUUUGUUCAAAAAUUUUUGACAUAAGUAGCAUGGGUGAAGCUGCUUUGAAAUGUCAUAUUAAAGGUAAAAAACAUGCUGCUUUCACUGAUGCUGCAACAAAAUCACUUGGAUUGACACAGUUCUUUGGUGUUGAAAACUCCAGCACAGUAAAUGUCAAAGCUGAAGAGAAUAAAAUUAGGCCAGCUUCUGCUUCAGUUGUAGACAGCUGUCAUGUUACAAGUGUUAGUAGUUGUAGUAGCAGUUCCAGUCCUUCAGUAUCUUCACAUUUCAGUGGAACAGAUGUUAUGAAUGCUGAAAUAAGAUGGGCUUUGAAAUGUGCAACCAGUCAUUACUCACUUAAUUCGUGCGAAGGACUUCCAGAACUAUUCAAGAAUAUGUUUCCUGAUAGCAGUAUUGCGAAACAGUUUUCAUGUAGUGCCACAAAAUGUGCAUAUAUGAUAUGCUUUGGACUUGCACCACACUUCAAGGCUGCUAUCUUCAAGACUGCCAAUGAAGUGGAACACUAUUGCCUGUUGUUUGAUGAGAGCUUAAAUCUUUCUAAUCAAAAGAAGCAAAUGGACAUACACAUCAGAUUGUGGGACCCAAACAGCGAUGAGGUAGUUACAAGGUUUUUCACAUCUGUAUUUAUGGGACAUUCCAGCGCAGAAGUAACCCUAUCAGCUUUGCAAGAAGCAACAGAAAAGUUGAAUCACUCAAAACUGCUUAACUUGUCAAUGGAUGGUCCAGCUGUGAACUGGAAGCUAUUUAAUAUUCUGCAAGCUGAAUUAAAAAAGGAUUUUGGUUGCACCUUAAUAGAUGUAGGCAGUUGCACUCUUCACACUUUGAAUAAUUGCUUCAAACAUGGCAGUAGAUCUACAUAUUGGGAUAUUGACAGUUUUUUGGUGAGCAUAUACUGGCUUUUUAAAGAUUCUCCAGCUCGCAGGGAAGAUUAUUUGAAUCUUUCUGUAAACAAAAAACUCCCCUCUAAGUUUUGCAAACAUCGUUGGUUGGAAAAUGUUCCAGCAGCCGAAAGAGCACUCGAAAUUUGGGACGACUUGAAGAAAUAUGUCGGAGAAGUUGACAAGGGACAUCUUACAAAAAUUAAAUGUAAGUCUUACCUUAUUGUUAAGGAGGCAUGUCAGGAUGUUUUGAUGCCAGCAAAGUUGAACAUUUUCCUUUCGGUCGUCAAACUGUUACAACCUUUUCUUACGAAGUAUCAAAGUGACAAACCACUCUUGCCUUUCUUAGCUGAAGAUCUAAGAAAUAUGAUUGUUAGUUGCUUGCAGAGUUUCAAUAUUAUGAGGAAUGAGUACAUUUCGAAAUUAUCUUCACCAUACCAGGUUUCACUCUUUGACUUUAAAGACAGAAAGUGUCUUUUAAGUUCAUGCAAAGUUAACUUGGGGUUCAUUGCUGAUAGACUAGUCAAAGAACUUGUUCACAAAAGGGAAGUUUCAGAAAAAGAGGUACUAGAACUCAGACAUGAAACACAGAAUUUCAUUUUCUUGAUGCUUGAAAACCUAGUGGUAAAAUCCCCAAUCAAGUAUGCCUUCGUUCGAAGCCUUUCGUGUCUUGAUCCAAGAUUUAUGCUAACCGAUAGCCACAGCUGCUACAAGAAGAUGAAGCAGAUUUUGUCAAUUAUUGUAAAGGCUAAACAACUUCAGGAAAAGAUGUGUGAUGAAAUCCUGUUGGAGUAUCAAGAAUUGCUCCGAUAUGCUCAUGAAAACAAAACAGCAUUUAGUGACUUUUCCCCUGAUGUGUCUCGAAUUGAUGUUUUCUUUCGCAAUUACCUUGGUGGUGAGAAAAAGUUUGUGUAACUGUGGCCAGUUAUAAAAAUGCUUUUAAUUUUUUCACAUGGCCAAGCAGCUGUAGAGCGAGGGUUUUCUGUUAAUCGCCAUAUAGAAGUGGAAAAUCUAAAGGAAGAUUCGUAUGCAGCAAAGAGAUUAACCAUUGAAGAGGUCAGAAAAUGUGGCGGUGUUACAAAUGUUCCUCUAACAAGAGAGUUGCGGGCUUCUGUUGCAGCAGCUCGUCAGAAGUACAUGUCAUACUUGGAAGAGGAACGCAAGAAAAAAUCUAAUGCGCUGGAAAAGAAACGUAGUCUUCAGUUAAGUGAGGAGUUAGAAGUUCAUAAAACAAAGAAGAUUCGACUACAACAAACAAUAGACAGUCUCCAAAAAUCUGCCGAUGAACUUGCUGAGCAGGCAGAAAAAACUGAAAAUGUGAAUUUGAUUAUCCAGUCAAACAGUUUUAGAAAGACAGCUAAAGAAAAGUUACUUGAAAUUAAAAAGAUAGAAAAGAAAA